GCAACGAUCUGUCCCGGCUUCCCCUCGAUGGUUCACCGCAGCCCGAAGGAGGGAAAAACCUUCCACCGCUGUCCGGAAGUCAGCGCCCAGGAGCCGCACACACACUGACAGCAUCAGUGGGUCGGACAGAUAUGUUGAAGCCGGGAGACCCAAGCGGCUCGGCCUUCCUUAAGGUGGACCCGUCCUAUCUGCAGCACUGGCAGCAACUUUUCCCUCAGACGCAGCUCAAGGUUCCUCUGGUUCCACCACCUCCACCUCAGCUGCCUCAGCCUGACCGCCUCUCCAUCUCCACGGACAGCCUGCAUCCAUCCCGCCUUCACAGUCACCUCCUGGCCUCCACACACUGCAGCUCCUCUUCUUCUUCCUCUUCUACGUCCUCCUCAGCAGCUUCUUCUUCAGCAGCCGUCGCAGCAGCUCUCACUCCAUCCUCCUCUAUCUCCAUCUCUGCCUCCGCUGGGCUCUCUCAGCUGCCUGUGCCCCAGCAGAUCGCACUCUUUGGACAGGCCUUGGCCCCAGUGUGUGCUGGGCCUGGAGGUCCUGGAGGAGGAGGAGGACCAGGAGGAGGUGGAGUAGGAGAUCUGGUGGUUGUUGUCCCCCCAGAAAACCAGCAGGGUCAUCAUCACAACCCAGUGGCAGCAGUGGGGCUCCUCCAUCAGGCCAAAGAGCAGAGCUGUGGGGGGGGGGUGGUGUCGUCCAGCGUGAAGAGCAGCAGUGGGGGAAGCGGAGGAGGCGGAGGAGGGGAGGACAGCGGGAAAGGAGCGACAGCGAGGUUCAAGCUCACGUCGGAGGAGCUGGACUACUACCUGUAUGGACAACAAAGGAUGGAAAUCAUCCCACUGAGCAACCACACAGGAGAGCUCAACAACCGUUGCGACAUGUGUGCAGACAACAGGAAUGGCGAGUGUCCGAUGCACGGUCCCCUUCACUCCCUACGUCGUCUUGUCGGCACCAGCAGCUCAGCGGCACAGGUCGCUCUGCCGGACGUUCCUGAUUGGCUGAGAGAUUUGCCCAGAGAGGUGUGUCUGUGCACCAGCACAGUUCCUGGUCUGGGUUAUGGAAUCUGUGCGGCUCAGAGGAUUCCUCAGGGAACCUGGAUCGGACCGUUCCAGGGCGUCCCUCUGAUGCUGGACAAACUGCAUUCUGGAGCAGUGAGGAACUCGCGCCACCUGUGGGAGAUCUACGACGCAGAGGGGACAUUACAGCACUUUAUCGAUGGUAAUGAUCCCAGUAAAUCCAGCUGGAUGAGAUACAUUCGCUGUGCCAGACACUGUGGGGAGCAGAAUAUGAUGGUUGUACAGUACAGGUCGUGUAUCUUCUACAGAGCGUGCAUGGACAUCCCCAGAGGGACAGAGCUGCUGGUUUGGUACAACGACUCCUACACUUCAUUCUUCGGCAUCCCGCUGCAGUGCAUCGCUCAGGAUGAUAACUUAAACGUCCCAGGCACAGUGAUGGAGGCCAUGACCAGACAAGAGUCCCUCCAAUCCUUCAGCAAGAACAGCAAACCCUCGUCUUCCUCUUCCUCUUCUGCUUCCUCCCCCUCCACCACAAUCAUGCGCUCCAUGGUCUUCCCUCACUCCCCCUGCUCCAGGAGUUUCUCCCUCUUGGACAAGGUCGGGGUUCAGUCAGACUCCAGUUUGAGCCAGUUGGCGUUAAAGAACCAGCGAGUCCUGGCGAGCCCAACCUCAACCAGCCAGCUGAACGGCGAGUUCAGCGACUGGCACCUGUGGAAGUGUGGCCAGUGCUUCAAAACCUUCACCCAGAGGAUCCUGCUCCAGAUGCACGUUUGUCCACAGAAUCCUGACAGACCGUACCAGUGUGGCCACUGUUCCCAGUCAUUCUCUCAGCCGUCAGAGUUGAGGAACCAUGUGGUGACGCACUCCAGUGACCGACCCUUCAAAUGUGGAUACUGCGGUCGAGCGUUUGCUGGCGCCACAACACUCAACAACCACAUCCGCACGCACACCGGAGAGAAGCCGUUCAAGUGUGAGCGUUGUGACCGCAGCUUCACACAGGCCACUCAGCUCAGCCGUCAUCAGCGACUUCCCAACGAGUGUAAACCAGUGAAUGAAAGCAGCGAGUCCAUCGAGGUGGAUUAACUGUAAACCCACAGAGACACGUCCACGUUAAAGCAGCUCCACCUGAAAACAGAACUUUGUCCAUGCUUAGACUACAUCCACACAAACUAUGCUCUGAAUACACCUGCCUUCCACACGACCCAACAUUUCACAGCCCACAGAGGUUUCAAAAAGGCUUCUGGCUACAUUGGAGGUUGAAAGUAAUUUUUAAUCUGGAUGGGCAGACGCUUAGUCACACUCGUCUCACUUUCACUCUAUCAUUGAGUGUCUUUCUUUUUACAUUGUUGUUUCCUGUGAAUUGUUCUUGCUUAGACUGAACAAACACCAGCAAGAGAAUGUCCAGUGAACAUCACCUGUUUGCCAUGUAUUAGUAUGGAUGCAGAUUACUUGGAGCUGAAAACAACAUUUUCAGAAUGAAAACAUAGUAGCGUGGAUGAAGCCUGAGUGUCCCAAGAACAGAAACAUGUAAACACCAGCCUGUGUUUUAUCGUGGACAAAGAUAUCGAGGACAACUUCUCCUGACAGUGAAAGCUAUUCUUCACAUUCAUCUGGUUUAGUGUGGACGUUUUCUAACCGUUUCCAGCUUCUUGACUUCACUGACUGAAUGAUUGACUGAUUCUUGAGAGGAGCAAGGUUGAAGCUGUUUUCACUCUGCUGGAGAGAUUCAAACUAAACCAAAGAUACUUUUAUUUCCAGCAGGAAACAGAGCUUUACAUUCACAUUAUCGGACAUGGAUAUUUAUUGGAGACCUUUUGGAAUGACAUCAGUUCUUCCUCCAAAGAAAAGUCUUUGUUGAAACUGGGACAAAACAACGAAAUACCAAAAAGUCUGUCAGACUGUCAGUCUGUCCGUAGCUUUACUUCCCAGUUUCUUAUUUUGUUUUUGCAGCCGCGAUGCCAAAGGAGGCCACCACCAAAGUGAACACACUGACAAUGCACAGCAACAACACUCACACUUUACAUCACUACAUGAACAAAAGACACAUACAUUAUAUUUAUCUCCUCACUCAUAUCAGGCUUCAGGCACUUUUGUGUAAAAAUGUUGAUUAUUUAAUUUUUGCAGCUUUUUGCAUAUUUGGAAAAAGACAAAGGGAUGUGAUUUCUUAUAGAAACUAGAAGAGCACUCAGUGGAGCAAACACUUCUGCCAAGGACACGCAAAAACAAUGAGCAUUUAUCCUGUGAACUAUUCUCCAUAUUCCAUUGACAACUGCCUUGUUUGUGAUUAAACUACUGUUUAAUUGUUGCUCAGUCUGUGGGAGCUGUGGUAAAACUGCUCCAUCAAUUACCAGUCAAGAUUCAAAGUUCACAAAAUAGUGGAAAAUGUUGCUUUAAUUAAAAAAAAGAAUCUGAUCUUUUUCCUUGCACCCCAAGAGUAAAACAAUCCACCCAGUGUGGUGUGAAGUGGUCCUUGGCAGGGUUAAUCAUAAAGAAACUGGUUAAAUAUGUUUUAUCUUGGCAUUGAAAACAUGUUCUCAUUUGUUGAUUUUUUUGUGAAUUUCAAAAGGCCAGAUGCUUUGCUCAUAACUCUCAUGUUAAAUGUUGUAUUAUAGAGUAUAUUUUCUACGCAGUUUGAAUCCAUUCACAAGCAAUUUCUUAGACGUGUAAAUAGCCAUGUGACAUUAGGAGACACUUUGUAUUAAAAAUGAACAUGGGUAAAAGCACAGUUAUCACAUGAACACCAAAUAGCUUUUGUGCCUGAGAGUUAAAAAAAAAAAAGCUUUAAUAAUGACAAUAAUCUGUAACUUCUCUUCCCAAAAAGUAACAGUAACAGUGUUGGACCGACUGGAUGGAAAUGUUCAGUCUGAAUCAAAGGUUUUACCAAAGGUCGUCACACACACAUUUGUAAGAGGAGCUGAGGUCAUUCCCAUGUUUAAUCUGUGAUUUAUCAGCCUCUUUGUUUAUGUGACUAUGACAACAGGAUUAGCUCAGUCUCUUUGGUAAGUUUGUGUGUCAAUGAGGUCAAUCUGAAAGGAAGAUUUAAGUGAUUAUUAACACACUUAAACUCACUAAUGAGGCAGUGGAUCAUCAGCUCCAGUGAUUCAUUACAGUUUGGCUAACAGAGCUAACCAUGUUAUCACUGACUAGUAAAGCACUUUCUCCAGCUUUGAUGCUACAUUUCUGUGUAUUGAUCAUCAAACUGUUCGAUUUCUCCAAACGUUUUUCAUGAUUGAAAAUGAAACGCUUUGUUUCUGGAUCGUGUGAUAUGAUAAUAAGUGCAGCCGUUUGCUGGAGAUGAACCUCGUGCUUCUGUCUCUUACAGAUGUUUGUGAUGCUUUCUUUUUUCUUUUUCCUUCAUAUAUGCACAUUGAUCCAAUGCUGCAUAUAGAAAAAUACAAAUGAUGGGAUUUUUAUAUGAAGGCUCGGGAAGAAAGUGAGGUGAACUAAUAAAUGUAAAUAUGAACCAAAGCAAAUCGAUGUUGUGUUUACAUCUGUCAGGAUCAGAUGGUGAACUUUAACAGAGAAUAAAAAACAAAUAUGAACAUGAGUAUACAUGUUAUUUAAAGUAAUCCUCUGUCUAAUGCCUCAUUUCCACAUAGUUCUGUAACCAAGUCUUCAGUGAGCUACAGAAUGCUGUGCCUCCUCAAUUCUUUUUGUCCGCAAUUCACCUCAAGUAUGUAAAAAAAAAAACUAGGAUCUCUCACAAAACAAAUCACCACAAUUCUUUCUUGCUGGCCAUUUUUUCCCAAUUGUACAAUAUAAACAGGGCAUCAGUUGUGUGUAUGUGUGUGCUGCCACAACCAGCUACCGUGAUUUAUCCUCUAUACACUAACUUGCAUCAUAGCCUACAAUUCAGUGAGUGUCAUAAUUGUACAGUCUACAUACAUCACACUUGAUUUAGUACUCAAGUUUAUAGAUCUAUAUCACACAGUGUGAUCUUAUAAGAUGACUGAAAUCACAGGAGGUGUAAAACAAUGUGCUUCGACCAUCAGUCAGACACACUUGAUAUUCCAACAACUAAAUAUGUUCCCAUGGCUGCAGUGGCUCGUCUGUAUGCUGACCAAUGCAGGGCAGAGUCUGUGCUUUAGGGGCGCAAAACUAUGUGAAAAUGAGGUCCUGACUCCUUUUCUUUAGUCGUUAUAUUCAUUUGUCAGUUAAAGGCUGUCCCUGACUUGACACAGUCAUAAACACGAGAGAUUAAGACAUUCAUUGUGGUUUAUAAAUGUGAAAAAUUCAAUCCCAAACUGUAAAUAACAGAUGUGACUUCUGAGUCUCAAACUCACCACGUGGGACAGAACCAGAAUCUCCUUUUUUCCAAAAGAAAAGUCGUGAAGCCAAACAUGAAACAUGACUUUGCUGUUGGUGUGAUCGCACCAUAGUUCUUCUAAAUCAACCAAACCUCAGAGACUGAAUCCUGUUCCUGACGAUGACAAUGAUGAUGAGAAUCAUUUCCUCUGUGAUAAGACUGAAGCUGAUGGAAAACUAUGGUCACGUCAUGUCAGACAGAAAUGUGUAUGAAGCCACUUUUACUCAGUCUUGUUUGCAUGAUUUACCCCCCCCACACACACACACACACACACCCUUUUAAAAAAUGAAUGAGAUCAAAAACAAAAAUCUUGUUCCUUAGGAAAUAAAGUUGAAACCAACUCUUGA